CAAGCAUAUUCAUAAACAUAAACAUGUUCGCCAAGUUGAUAGUCGCACUUUGCAUUAUGGGCGUCGCCCACGGCAGUGGCCUUCUGGCGGCCGCUCCAGUAGCGUACAGCAGCCACGCUAUCGCGGCUCCCGCUAUUGUCACCAAGACCAUCAGCCCCGCUGUCUCUUCGGUGUCUUCCUACUCGACCCACACAGCACACGCUGCACCUAUCGCCACCUACGCUGCCGCCCCUGCCAUCGCUACCAGCUACGCUGCCGCACCAGCCAUCGCUACAUCCUACGCCGCCGCCCCGGCUAUCGCCACAUCCUACGCCGCUCCCGUAGUGACCAAGACCAUCUCGCCAGCCACUACUUCCUACUCUUCUUACUCGACCCAAACCGCUCACGGUUCUCCCGUCGCGACCUAUGCCGCUCCCGCCGUCGCCGUACACUCCGCCCCCGCUGUGGCCGUAGCUGCCGCUCCCGCCGUGGCCGUGUCCCGCACCAUUGCCCCCGCUGUGUCUUCCUACUCUUCUUACUCCACCCAGACCGCUCAUGGAGCUAGAGCAUACGCCGCUCCCGCAUAUGCAUCAUACGCUGCUGGGCCCGCGUAUGCCUCAUACGCCGCUGCUCCCGCGUAUACCUCAUACGCUGCUGGUCCCGCGUAUGCUUCAUACGCCGCUGCUCCUGCGUUUGCCUCAUACUCCGCUGGACCCGCAUACACUUCUUAUACCAAGACCUACUCUGCCCCAGCAGUUGCCUCUUACACUAAGGCAUACGCCGCUCCUGCAAUCACAUCAUACGCUAGGACCUACGCCGCACCAGCCCUCGCCUCAUACUCAGGAAACUAUGCUGCUCCUGCUUACGCCACUUACGCUGCAGCUGCCCCAGUCUUGAAAUCCUCCGUGUCAUACUCUGCUGCUCCCGCAGUUUCUCACAUCUCCUACAGCGCUCAUGGAGCUAACUACGCUUGGCCCGUCUGGGUCAUUAUCUUCCUCUGUGCCGCGGGCAUUGCUUCCGCUGGUAACCUACUGCAUGCGGCACCCGUGGCAUACAGCGCACCCGCCACUUCUGUUUCUUACUCUACAACCACUACAUCUCACGCGGCGCCAGUAGCAGCUUACGCGGCGGCUCCGGUUGCCACAUAUGCCGCUGCUCCCGUCGCUGCGUAUGCUGCCGCACCUGUAGCCACAUAUGCGGCGGCCCCUGUUGCGUCAUACGCUGCACCAGUUGUCACCAAGGCAGUUGCUGCACCUAUCGCUGCAUACGCUGCUCCCGCUGCCUCGGUCUCCUACCAAUCGGUGUCCACUCAAACUAGCCCUGUAGCAUACGCUGCCGCUGCACCUGUUAUUACGAAGUCCUAUGCUACUCCUCUCGUAAGGUCGUAUGCCGCUCCCGUUCUUACUAGGACAUACGCCGCCGCUGCUCCCGUAAUAACUCGCUACGCCGCUGCUCCUGUUGUGACCAGAACUUAUUCGGUGCCAGCUAUCUCAAGUUACGCUCCCGUGGCGCGCUCCUAUGCUCCUUCUUUAUCAUACGCCUCACUGGCUACUCACGCAGCACCAGUAGCCACAUAUGCUGCUGCUCCUUCCAUCUCAUACGCCGCUGCUGCUCCUUCCAUCUCAUACGCCGCUGCUGCUCCUGCCAUUUCAUAUGCCGCUGCGGCCCCUGCUAUCUCAUAUGCCGCUGCGGCCCCUGCUAUCUCAUAUGCCGCUGCACCUGCUGCUUCUUACGGUUACGGAGGCGGCCACGGAUGGUAAAUUACCGAAUAAGCAAAGUUUUUGUAAAUAUAUACCAACUAUUAUAUGUAUACCUAAUUAAAUAUAAAAAUGUUGAUUAAUUAUUAAUAAUGUUAUGGGCAACCAUUUUAAAAUUAAAUAAACAAAAAUUAAUUUCAUACAAA